UCAAGACUGGUUUUUGCCUUUUGUAGAUCGGGUAGGUCAUCCAUUCAAGAACCUUGGGCUAACCGCAUGACUUGGCAUCAAGGAAAUCUUCUUUCAACUGACUCGUGGAAGGAUGCACUGAAGGGAGUAACUUCAGUUAUUUCUUGUGUUGGUGGUUUUGGUUCCAACUCUUACAUGUAUAAAAUCAAUGGGACUGCAAAUAUCGAUGCUAUUAGAGCUGCUUCUGAAGAAGGUGUGAAGAGAUUUGUGUACAUCUCUGCUGCUGACUAUGGUGUGGUAAAUUAUUUGCUACGAGGAUAUUAUGAAGGAAAGAGAGCUGCUGAGACGGAACUAUUGACUAGGUAUACCUAUGGAGGACGUAUUCCAAUCUUAACCAGAGUUUGUGUUGCUUUAGGCGUAAUUCUUAGGCCAGGGUUUAUCUAUGGAACUCGUCGUGUUGGCAGCAUGAAGUUGCCUCUAGGUGUCAUCGGUUCUCCACUGGAAAUGGUUCUCCAACAUGCAAAACCACUUAGUAAAGUCCCCCUUGUUGGACCUCUCUUCGCUCCGCCUGUUAACGUUACAGCAGUUGCAAAGGUUGCUGUACGAGCAGCGACUGACCCUGUUUUCCCUCCUGGCAUCAUUAACGUCCAUGGAAUUAUACGUUACAGCCAGCAGAAAUCUCUGUAGAGGAUUGACCUUUCUCUUUCCUCCAUCGUAUAGUUUUCGGUACAGCUAAAUUUUUUCGACCACUCUUCUGCAAAUCUUUAAGAAUGCUCGACUCUAUAAUUUACCGCUGUUAUCAAAAUGCAAUAAAGGAUUUGAACUUCCAUAAAUAAAUGUCAUCUAUUUUUGCUGUGGUCUGUAUCUCUGUCAAACUCUGGGGUGCUGUUGGUUUGUAAAGGCAUAAAAUUUAGUCUUUACCAACUCGAGCAAUUUUGCAUUCGGACCUCAUUGUAAUAGGUAUUGUAUGUUCACAAAUAUUUUAAUUUCUUCUUUUUUAUUUAUUGUCUGAAUUAUCUAAUUCAGAACAAGCUGCUAAUGACAAAAAUUGAUUUUUA